AUGAGAAAUUAUUCGAUCUUUCCAGAUUAUGGGGCGAAACGAGACUUAGCAAGAAUGAGUGAGACGGUGAUUCAAAACAAAGCGAAUGUGCCGGACAUCGACUACAUAGAAAAGAAAGAUCCGCUUUUCAUGUCUGACUAUGCGAAAGAGAUCUUCAAGUACUUUAAAGAAGAAGAAAGUAAAACGACGCUUCCUGCGGACUUUUUAAAAGGUCAACAAUUCAUCAAAAGUGCGAUGCGAAGGAAAUUAGUUGAUUGGUUGUCUGAGGUAUCCAGUCUUUUAGGACUUUUAACGGAGACGUAUCACUUGAUUAUAUAUAUCAUAGACAAAUACUUAUCAUUAAAUAAACGAGUUGGGAAGGGGGAGUUCCAGUUAGUUGGAGUAGCCGCGAUCUUAAUAGCGUCGAAAUAUGAGGAGUACUCAUAUGUUGUCAUUUCUGAUUUAAUCACGUUGACUGGCGGAACGUACACUGCUGAAAUGAUUAAAGAAAAGGAGGUCGAUAUCUUAAACACUCUGGACUUCUUAAUCAUUCGACCAACCACUUUGGACUUCUUAAGAAGAUUCUCAAGAGCUUUCGAGAACGACAUCAAGUGCCACUUCCUCGCUAAAUAUAUUCUCGAGUCGGCAACGUUGGACGAGAAAUUGAUGGAAGUCCCCGUGUCAAGAUUAGCGGCGGCUGCAGUCUAUUUGGCAAGAAGAAUGUGCGGGAUUCAACCGUAUUGGAACGAUACAGUGAGCUAUUACUCGGAAUAUAAUCUCCGAGAUAUCAUCCCAACAGCUAUCCAAUUAAACUGUUUGAUGAUGUUCGUAAAGUCACCAGAGUGUUUACAAACAAAAAUCCGCGAGAAGUAUCUCGACAAAAAGUACCAAGAGGUGUCGCUCGUUCCGCCAGUUGUUUUCACUUCUGAGGAGAUUAAUGCGUCCAAUUCAUGA